CAGUUCUCCGGCUUCUCCCUCUACUUUUCUCUCUCUCUCUCUACUCUUUCACUCUCUAACAAAAUGAAGUGUAAACGACUCUUCUCAGAUAAUAGUUGUAGUAAUGUUGUUGUAAUUGUAGUUUUAGUUGCAAAUUAUUUACUAAUAACAAAUGGUUGUGAUAAUAAUGAGGAUUUAUCUAGUGCGAUUAAGCGCAAGAAUGGGUGUAAUAUCUUCAAAGGUAGUUGGGUGUAUGAUAAAUCAUACCCACUUUAUGAUGCAAAAAGUUGCCCUUUCAUUGGUGGAGGAUUUGAUUGUCAAAAAAAUGGACGCCCUGAUAAAGCUUAUCUCAAGUAUAGAUGGCAGCCUCAUGCUUGUAGUCUUCACAGGUUUGAUGGACGAGCUCUUCUGGAGAAAUGGAGGGGUAAAAAGAUAAUGUUUGUUGGGGAAUCUUUAAGCUUCAAUCAAUGGCAAUCACUAACAUGUAUGCUUCAUAGUGCGGUGCCCCAGUCCAAGUACACCAUCGUAACUAAAGGCGCUCUUUCCAUUUUUUCAUUUCCGGAAUAUGGAGCUUCAGUGAUGAUGUUGAAAAAUGGGUUUUUAGUGGACGUUGUGAGUGAAAAAGUUGGACGAGUAUUGAAGUUGGAUUCCAUCAGCACCGGAUCUACUUGGUUAGGGGUUGAUGUACUCAUUUUCAACUCGUACCACUGGUGGAAUCACAGAUGGGACUAUUUCAUGGUGAAUGGCAAGAUUAUCAAAGGCAUGGACCAUAUGAAAGCUUACAAAAUCGCAUUGAGAACAUGGGCCAACUGGGUUGAUGCCCACAUCGAUCCUAAAAAGACUCAAGUUUUCUUCCAAGGAGUUUCAGCUGUCCAUAUGAAUGGAAGCGAAUGGAAAGAACCAAGAGCAAGGUUUUGUCGCCAGCAAACUCAGCCGGUGGCAGGCUCAAGGUACGGAGGUGGUCGUCAACCUGGUGAAGCAAUUGUGAAGAAUGUAUUGAGACAUAUGAAGAAGCCUGUUCAUUUGCUUGACAUAACACUUCUUACUCAAUUAAGAAAAGAUGGUCAUCCUUCAAUUUAUGCAGGCGGUGGUUCAAAAUUACUUGAUUGUAGUCAUUGGUGUCUCCCUGGUGUUCCUGAUACUUGGAACCAACUUCUCUAUUCAAUUUUGUUCCGACACUAAAUUCAAACACAAAGACCUUAUAAAAAAUAUUCUUUUCGAAUA